CACAUAUUGGUGGGUUGAAGCACAAAUGCAGAAAAUAAAAGACUUGAAGAAGGCCCAGUUGCAAAAAAGUCUUGAAGACAUCAAAGCGAAUCUAACUGACUUGAAGAAAUCAAGCGAUGAACUGCUCUCCUUGACCGAGCUGUCUCUGACGGAACUUCAGGACAAACUUAAACAUAAAGCGGCUACUCCGCUAGAUCUCUUGCACGCGUUUCAACUGAAGGGACUGAAACUUCAAGAGAAAGGCAACUCCGGUAUUUGCCAGUUUAUCAACGAAGCAGAAGAGCAAGCUUCCCAACUGACGGAAAACCGUCCGUCAGUUAAGUCGGAGUUGUUCGGUAUUCCCAUCAGCGUCAAAGAGCUGUGUAGUGUAAGCGGAUACGAUGUUACUUUCGGGCUAUGGAAACUGUGUCAAAAACCGGCAAAAGAGGACAGCGUUGUGAUCCAGGUACUCAAAGAUGCUGGUGCCAUUCCUUUCGUACUGACGUCCACAACUCAAGCAGCCUUUACACAGAGCGGCUUGAAUCCAAUCUUCGGGAACCUGUGGAAUCCUCAUUCAGAUAAGCAUGAAGCUGGCGGGAGUUCUUGCGGUGAAGCUGUGUUAUUGGCCCAAAAUGGUUCACCUGUAGGAUUAGGGACUGAUCUCGCAGGGAGUAUCCGGAUACCUUCUGUAUUUUGUGGGCUAGCAGGUUUGAAGCCAACUUCCAAACGUAUUAGUGCUAUUGGUUCGCCUGAGCUAGUCCCUCAAUCCACUGUUGAACUGGAAGUCUGUAUCGGUCCAAUUGGCAAACGUGUGGAUGACCUCGCCAAAUUGAUGCGAACACUGCUCUCUCCAACCAUGUUUGAAUUAGACCCAUACCUACCUGUCCUUCCAUUCAAUGAAGAAGUAUACCUGGGGAAAGACAAACGAAACCUUGUUAUUGGCUUCUAUGAAUCUAUCGAUGAUUCAGAUAUUAUUCAGACUGUUCCCUCAGUGCGUAGAGCAGUCAGGCAAGCUGUUCACAAAUUAUCUCAGCGUGGACAUACCUUGAUAAAGUUCACUCCUCCCAAACCAUUUUAUGCUUUUUCACUGGGUCUGAGGUCGUGUGCCGUUGAUGGACUCAAAGGCCUAGCAAGCUUUUUGAACGGUGAACCCUUGAGCGAAGCUUCAAAAACAAUCAAACGGAUGGCCUCGAUGCCCGAGGGUGUUCGUCCGUUGAUUGACGCACAUGUCAGAAAAUCGAUCGGGAAACCGGCGGCAGUUUGUGAAAUGAUCCGCAAGGUUGAUAGUGUCGCCGAAUUGAUGGAGCAUGUGGGACGGGUAAAAAAAUAUAGACAAGAGUUUGCUAAGGCUUGGAAAGGGGCCGGCAAUCUUGACGCCAUAAUCUGCCCGGUAUGGGCCUACCCUGCCAUGAACCUUAGCACACCAUCGCACUACAUAACCCCAUCGGUGAUAUAUGUCCUUAUGUAUAAUUUGUUGGACUAUCCAGCGGGCUCGGUCCCAAUGGGGCUAGUUGGUUCUGAGGAUCUGGAGCAAGCGAAAAGUGAUGCGGAGAAGUUCAAACAAUGUGGUGAUCAGUAUCACGAACAGCUGAUGAACAUGCAAUUAGACACCAUCGGGUUACCAUUGGGUGUUCAAGUUGUAGCCAAACCAUUCCGCGAGGAACUUGUGCUACGCAUUAUGUCCGAGCUUGAGAAUGGCCAUCAUUGA